AUGGGGAGCGAGUCGGAGCCUGCCAAGGGGCUGCUGCCCUACCUGCAGCGCGCCGACGAGCUGCAGAAGCACGAGCCCCUCGUGGCGUACUACUGUCGGCUCUACGCGAUGGAGAAGGGGUUGAGGAUACCCCAGAAGGAGCGCACCAAGACCACAAACUCCAUCCUCAUCUCCCUCAUGAACCAGCUAGAGAAGGCACGUGCCUACAUCUGGGACAAGAAAUCGUUGACUUUGGGGCCUGACGACAAUCUUCAUUUGGAGGGAUUUGCAUUAAACGUCUUUGCUAAAGCAGAUAAACAGGACCGUGCUGGACGAGCUGACAUAAACACUGCUAAAACCUUCUAUGCUGCAAGCAUCUUCUUUGAGAUUCUUAACCAGUUUGGCGAGCUUCAACCUGAUGUUGAGCAAAAACAGAAAUAUGCCAUCUGGAAAGCUGCUGAAAUAAGAAAAGCUCUCAAAGAAGGCCGGAAGCCUGAAGCUGGACCACCUGGUGGGGAUAAAGAUGAAGCGCCUGUCAAUACCACCACCAUUUCUCAAGAUAUGGGGCAAAGUCCUUCCUUCAGCAGUGUACACCAAGGCAGUGAAGCAUCACCUCGACCUGUCAACAUGGAUUUUAGUAGGCGGGAUAGCUUUUCUGCUGUGCAGCCAGGAAAUAAUGUCCCUCGCCAAAGUACAGAGUUCAAUGAUCAUCCCUCUACCCAGUUACCCUAUUCACCCCCACCACCCUCACAAUCCCAGCAUCCUUCUCCAUCACAAUCUUAUUCCUCUCCCUCGUACCAGGCAACAGAUUACCCUUCUUCUGAUUUUCACAAACCAUCCCCCAAUUAUUCAUCUCCCCCCUACACAAGCACAGAUUACCCUACCAAUGAGGUCCACAAACCACCUUCCAAUUAUUCCCCACCUCCUUACACCAGGACAGAUCAUCCUUCCAAUGAUGGCUACAAUCCUCACAGCAAUGAUAAACCAGAUGUUUCGGCUUACCCUCAGGCAUACGAACCCCCACCCUACACAAUUGACCCUCAGCACACCUCUCAAAACUACUACUCCACUGAAGCCCCAGCUGCUCCAUACAACUACCCUAAUUUCCAGUCAUAUCCAAGUUUCCAGGACAGCACGGCACCUUCUGUCCCGACGCAUCAAUCUUCAUUUUAUCCUGCAAGUGAUGGCCCUUCAGCUACAUCGUACACUCCUGCCUCGAAUUCCUCCGCCCCAACACACUACCACUCAACUGCUGAGUCUUCACCUCAACUUACUCCUCCAGCUGCGCCACCAGCUAGCCAGUAUAAAUAUGAUAGCAGUUACCAGCCUGAAGUUGAGAAGAUUGCUGAGGCUCACAAGGCAGCCAGAUUUGCUGUCGGUGCUCUUGCAUUCGACGACGUAUCUGUUGCUGUGGAUCACCUGAAACGUGCACUGGAUCUUCUGACAAACCCUUCUGCUGAACCUCAUUAG